ACGGGAUUGUGGCGGUCCUCUCUCCCAACUCGGAAGCCGCCACUGCCUCCAGACGCUCUCAAGAUGGCGACUUCUCUGGGUUCCAACACCUACAACAGGCAGAACUGGGAGGAUGCGGACUUCCCCAUUCUGUGCCAGACAUGUCUUGGAGAAAACCCAUAUAUUCGAAUGACCAAAGAAAAGUAUGGGAAGGAAUGCAAAAUCUGUGCCAGGCCAUUCACAGUAUUUCGCUGGUGCCCCGGUGUCCGCAUGCGUUUCAAGAAGACUGAAGUGUGCCAAACCUGCAGUAAAUUGAAGAAUGUCUGUCAGACCUGCCUCUUGGACCUAGAAUAUGGCCUGCCCAUCCAGGUUCGGGAUGCAGGAUUGUCUUUUAAGGAUGAUAUGCCAAAGUCAGAUGUCAACAAAGAAUACUACACACAGAAUAUGGAGAGAGAGAUUUCCAACUCUGACGGAACACGGCCAGUUGGCAUGUUGGGGAAAGCCACAUCCACCAGUGACAUGCUACUCAAACUAGCCCGGACCACACCCUACUACAAAAGGAAUCGACCCCACAUUUGCUCCUUCUGGGUAAAAGGAGAAUGUAAGAGAGGAGAGGAGUGUCCAUACAGGCAUGAGAAGCCAACAGAUCCGGAUGACCCCCUUGCUGAUCAGAACAUUAAAGACCGAUAUUAUGGGAUCAAUGACCCUGUGGCAGAUAAGCUUCUAAAGCGGGCUUCAACAAUGCCUCGUCUGGACCCCCCAGAGGACAAGACUAUCACCACGCUGUAUGUUGGUGGUCUGGGCGAUACCAUUACUGAGACCGAUCUAAGAAAUCACUUCUACCAGUUUGGGGAGAUCCGGACGAUCACCGUCGUACAGAGACAGCAGUGUGCGUUCAUCCAGUUUGCCACGAGGCAGGCUGCAGAGGUGGCUGCGGAGAAGUCCUUUAAUAAGUUGAUUGUCAAUGGCCGUAGACUCAACGUGAAAUGGGGAAGGUCCCAAGCAGCCAGAGGAAAAGAAAAAGAGAAGGAUGGAACCACAGACUCUGGGAUCAAGCUAGAGCCCGUUCCAGGACUGCCAGGAGCUCUUCCGCCUCCUCCUGCAGCCGAAGAAGAAGCCUCUGCCAACUACUUCAACCUACCCCCAAGUGGUCCUCCAGCCGUGGUGAACAUAGCCCUGCCGCCACCCCCUGGUAUUGCCCCGCCCCCACCCCCAGGUUUUGGGCCACACAUGUUCCACCCAAUGGGACCACCCCCUCCUUUCAUGAGGGCUCCAGGACCAAUCCACUAUCCUUCUCAGGACCCUCAGAGGAUGGGAGCUCAUGCUGGGAAACACAGCAGUCCCUAGCACACUAUCAGCACGCCAGGGCUUUACGGAAGAAAGGGCGUUUAAAAAUCCCAGUAAAUGAAUCUUGGAAUAAAUAUAUUUUUUCCUUCCUUUGUA